CUGCCUGCAGUCGAACACAAAGACCUGGAGGAGGCUCCCACAUCCUUCGUGGGGGAGGAAGGAGGCGGCGAAGCAGCUGAAAGGAACUUGGGGCUUUGGGGGCCUUUCCGCACCGGGCGGCCGGCGAGGCGGCGAGGAAACUAAAGCCACGGGGCGGUGAACGAGCCGGGCGAUGAGGCGCUGCCGCCGCUGCUGCCGCCGCCGCCGCCGCCGCUGACACUCGGUUCCGGAUCCUCCGCUGCCCUUUGUGCCGCCCGCACAUGUGUCUGCCCGGCGCAUCCGGAGGCGCGCACACGAGCAUCCACCACGGCCGCCGGGGAGAGAGCGCCCGCCAUGCCCACGGAGAGCCUACAGACAGGUAGCAUGGUGAAGCCGGUCAGCCCCGCCGGCACCUUCACGUCGGCCGUGCCCCUGCGCAUCCUCAACAAGGGGCCCGACUACUUUCGCCGGCAGGCGGAGCCCAACCCCAAGCGACUCAGCGCCGUGGAGCGGCUGGAGGCCGACAAGGCCAAGUACGUCAAGAGCCAGGAGGUCAUCAACGCCAAGCAGGAGCCCGUGAAGCCGGCCGUGCUGGCCAAGCCCCCCGUGUGCCCGGGCGCCAAGCGCGCGCUCGGCAGCCCCACGCUCAAGGGCUUCGGCGGCGGCGCCAAGAGCGAGGGCGGCGCGCCGCGCGAGACGCUGAAGCUCGAGAUCCUCAAGAACAUCCUCAACAGCUCGGAGGGCUCGAGCGCGGGCUCGGGCCACAAGCACGGCGCGCGGAACUGGCCGGCGCCGCGCGCCGACGCGGCCGAGCUGCACCGGCACUCGUUCGCCGAGUCGCUGCGCGUGCGCCCCACGCCCGGCCGCGGCAGCCCGCAGGAGGGCGGCUCGCACGUGGGCCGGCGGCCGCUCGAGCCCGCCCCCGACUCCUUCCUGCACGUGUCGCACAGCUCCUCGGACAUCCGCAAGGUGACGGGCGCCAAGCCCCUGAAGGCCAUCCCCUGCAGCAGCUCCGCCCCGCCGCUGCCCCCCAAGCCCAAGGUCGCCGCCCCGGCCGCGGUCAGGUCCCCCGAGGCCGAGGCGGCCGAGCCGGCCUGCGGCGUGGGCCGGAGACCCUCGCUCCAGCGGUCCAAGUCGGACCUGAGCGACAGGUACUUCCGGGUGGACGCCGACGUGGAGCGGUUCUUCAACUACUGCGGACUGGACCCCGAGGAGCUGGAGACCCUGGGCAUGGAGAACUUCGCCCGCGCCAACUCCGACAUCAUCUCCCUCAACUUCCGCAGCGCCAGCAUGAUCAGCUCGGACUGUGAACAGUCUCAGGACAGUAACAGUGACCUUAGAAACGAUGACAGUGCCAAUGACCGGGUGCCCUAUGGCAUCUCCGCGAUCGAGAGAAACGCUCGCAUCAUCAAGUGGUUGUAUAGCAUCAAACAAGCCAGAGAGUCGCAGAAGGUGUCCCACGUGUAAGAGGAAGCGCGCGCAGCGGAGGGAGGGGCGUCUCUGUCCGUGCCUCGGCAGCUAUGGAGGCUGUGAGGUCUCCUUGCAGUGUUGUGAGCUUCUUCACUCUGUGUUGCUUGUUGUGCAAAUGUCUUUCAAGUUGCAUGCCCGCCAGCGUGGGGACUGACCUGGCGUCCUCGGCCACCGUCGCCGCAGAGCCUGGCCGAUCGCUCGCCAUCCGCCAAAAGUUCCAGGCCAGAUUCACACUAGGGCUUCGAUCUUCAGCAAAACUGUUUACAAGGAAAACGGUAUACAACUUCAAUAUUUAUGUGGUUCCUGUGUUUUUAUAUCCCGCGCUAUGGUGUCUUAAUUAAAAGUUUUAUCCACUGGC